AUGGCUUCGUUCCCCGAGACCGACUUCCAGAUCUGCCUGCUCUGCAAGGAGAUGUGCGGCUCGCCGGCGCCGCUCUCCUCCAACUCGUCGGCGUCGUCGUCAUCCUCGCAGACGUCCACGUCGUCGGGGGGCGGCGGCGGGGCCCCCGGGGCCGCGGCGCGCCGCCUGCACGUCCUGCCCUGCCUGCACGCCUUCUGCCGCCCGUGCCUCGAGGCGCACCGGCUGCCGGCGGCGGGCGGCGGCGGCGGCGCGCCGGGAGAGCCGCUCAAGCUGCGCUGCCCCGUGUGCGACCAGAAGGUCGUUCUGGCCGAGGCGGCGGGCAUGGACGCGCUGCCCUCGUCCGCCUUCCUGCUCAGCAACCUGCUCGACGCCGUGGUGGCCACGGCCGACGAGCCGCCGCCGAAGAACGGGCGGGCCGGCGCCGCGGCGGGCGCGGGCGGCCACGGCAGCAACCACCGGCAUCACGCGCACCACGCGCACCCGCGCGCGGCCGCCUCGGCGCCGCCGCCGCCGCUCCCGCCCGCGCCGCCGCCGCCCGCGCCGCCCCGCUCGGCGCCUGGCGGCCCCGCAGGCUCCCCGUCGGCGCUGCUGCUGCGCCGGCCCCAUGGCUGCAGCUCCUGCGAUGAGGGCAACGCGGCCUCGUCGCGUUGCCUCGACUGCCAGGAGCACCUGUGCGACAACUGCGUCCGCGCGCACCAGCGCGUGCGCCUCACCAAGGACCACUACAUCGAGCGCGGCCCGCCCGGCCCCGCCGCCGCCGCCGCCGCCGCUGCGGCGGCGCAACAGCUCGGGCUCGGGCCGCCCUUCCCAGGCGCUCCCUUCUCCCUCCUCUCCGUCUUCCCCGAGCGCCUCGGCUUCUGCCAGCACCACGACGACGAGGUGCUGCACCUGUACUGUGACACGUGCUCCGUGCCCAUCUGCCGCGAGUGCACCGUGGGCCGGCACGGCGGCCACAGUUUCGUCUACCUCCAGGAGGCGCUGCAGGACUCGCGGGCCCUCACCAUCCAGCUGCUGGCCGACGCCCAGCAAGGCCGCCAGGCCAUCCAGCUGAGCAUCGAGCAGGCCCAGACGGUGGCAGAGCAGGUGGAGAUGAAGGCAAAAGUGGUGCAGUCGGAGGUCAAAGCUGUGACCGCGAGACACAAGAAGGCCCUGGAGGAGCGGGAGUGUGAGCUGCUCUGGAAGGUAGAGAAGAUCCGCCAGGUGAAGGCCAAGUCACUGUACCUGCAGGUGGAGAAGCUGCGGCAGAACCUGAACAAGCUGGAGAGCACCAUCAGCGCCGUCCAGCAGGUCCUGGAGGAGGGCCGGGCGCUGGACAUCCUGCUGGCCCGGGACCGCAUGCUGGCCCAGGUGCAGGAGCUCAAGACCGUGCGUAGUCUCCUGCAGCCCCAGGAGGACGACCGGGUCAUGUUCACGCCCCCCGACCAGGCCCUGUAUCUCGCCAUCAAGUCCUUCGGCUUCGUCAGCAGCGGGGCCUUCGCACCGCUCACCAAAGCUACGGGCGACGGCCUCAAGCGGGCCCUGCAGGGGAAGGUGGCCUCCUUCACCGUCAUCGGCUACGACCACGACGGGGAGCCCCGGCUGUCAGGGGGUGACCUCAUGUCGGCCGUGGUCCUGGGCCCCGACGGCAACCUGUUCGGCGCGGAGGUGAGCGACCAGCAGAACGGGACGUACGUGGUGAGCUACCGGCCGCAGCUGGAGGGGGAGCACUUGGUAUCGGUCACACUGUGCAACCAGCACAUCGAGAACAGCCCCUUCAAGGUGGUGGUCAAGUCCGGCCGCAGCUACGUGGGCAUCGGGCUCCCCGGCCUGAGCUUCGGCAGCGAGGGUGACAGCGACGGCAAGCUCUGCCGCCCGUGGGGCGUGAGCGUGGACAAAGAGGGCUACAUCGUGGUGGCCGACCGCAGCAACAACCGCAUCCAGGUGUUCAAGCCGUGCGGCGCCUUCCACCACAAGUUUGGCACGCUGGGCUCCCGGCCGGGGCAGUUCGACCGGCCUGCCGGGGUGGCCUGCGAUGCCUCCCGCAGGAUCGUGGUGGCCGACAAGGACAAUCAUCGCAUCCAGGUCUUCACCUUCGAGGGCCAGUUCCUCCUCAAGUUCGGGGAGAAGGGCACCAAAAACGGGCAGUUCAACUACCCCUGGGAUGUGGCGGUGAAUUCCGAGGGCAAGAUCUUGGUCUCAGACACGCGGAACCACCGCAUCCAGCUGUUCGGGCCCGACGGGGUCUUCCUGAAUAAGUACGGCUUCGAGGGGGCUCUCUGGAAGCACUUUGACUCCCCGCGGGGCGUGGCUUUCAACCACGAGGGCCACUUGGUGGUCACCGACUUCAACAACCACCGGCUCCUGGUCAUCCACCCCGACUGCCAGUCGGCCCGCUUCCUGGGCUCCGAGGGCACGGGCAACGGGCAGUUCCUGCGGCCGCAGGGCGUGGCCGUGGACCAGGAGGGGCGCAUCAUCGUGGCCGAUUCCAGGAACCACCGGGUGCAGAUGUUUGAGUCCAACGGCAGCUUCCUGUGCAAGUUCGGCGCCCAGGGCAGCGGCUUCGGGCAGAUGGACCGGCCCUCCGGCAUCGCGGUCACGCCGGACGGGAUGAUCGUCGUGGUGGACUUCGGCAACAAUCGAAUCCUUAUCUUCUAA